AAAUGGUGGUAAAUCAAAAUCAAAACACCCAUGUUCUUAUGGUCUCAGCUGCCUUACAAGGUCAUCUAAACCCUCUUCUCAAAUUCGCCACAUGCUUAAUCUCAAAGGGCAUUCUGGUCACCAUCGCCACCACCGAGCUCGGCCGCCACCGCAUGCUGAAGCACGCAGCGGUGGCUGCAAACCCUUCGAUCAAACUCGAGUUCUUCUCAGAUGGACUCGAUGUCGAGUUCGAUCGGGAAAGCAACUACGACCAUUGGUUGGAGACAUUAAGAACCAAAGGGCGGGAGAAUUUCUCAAACCUUACAACCGAACUAUCCCAACACACGAAAUUCUCAUGCUUAAUCCUCCACCAGUUCGUACCAUGGUUCAUCCCAGUAGCAAAAGAACACAACAUCCCUUGCGCUGUGCUUUGGAUCCAACCUUGUGCUCUCUACUCAAUCUACUACCGUUUCUUCAACAAACUCAAUGAUUUCUCCAUCUUGCAAAACCCGAACCAACCGCUCGAAUUACCGGGGCAUCCAUUAAUGGAGUUACAAGACCUUCCUUCGUUCAUUCUCCCCAAUAUUCAUUUAUGUUUCCAGAAGCUUUUGUCGGAGUUUUUCACUUACUUGUUGGAUGUGAAGUGGGUAUUGGGGACUUCUUUUGAGGAGUUGGAGGAGGAGGUUUUGGAGGUGAUGGCGGGGGAUGGGGUUCGGCCUAUGAUUACGACGGUUGGGCCGUUGGUGUCGGGGUUUUUGCUGGGGAAGAAGGAGGAGAGUGGGGUGAGUGUGGAUAUGUGGAAGGCGGAUGAGAGUUGCUUGAAAUGGUUAGAUGGGAAGGAAUUGGGAUCGGUUGUUUAUGUGUCGUUUGGGAGUAUAAUUGUAUUGGGACAACAGCAAGUUGAGAAUAUUGCUAUGGGGUUGUUGAAGAGUGGGAAGGCCUUUCUUUGGGUAUUUAAACGUACUGCUGGUUCUGCUGUUGAGUUGCCGACUGGCUUUCUUGAUGCUGUUGGUGAGCGAGGGCUUGUCGUCAAUUGGUGUUCUCAAGAACAGGUUCUAAAGCACAAAGCUGUUGGUUGCUUCCUGACUCAUUGUGGGUGGAACUCGACGUUAGAGACGGUGGUCACAGGUGUUCCAGUGAUAGCGUUUCCCGAGUGGACGGAUCAACCGACGAAUGCCAAAUUAUUGACGGAUGUUUUCAAGAUGGGAGUGAGGCUGAGAAAGAGAGAUGACGGAAUUGUUAGUUCAGAAGAGGUGGAGAGAUGCAUUAGAGAGAUCACGGAAGGCCCCGCGGCGGAGGCAAUGGCGAAGAGGGCGGCAGAGUUGAAGGAGGCGGCCAAAAAGGCGGUGGAGAACGGUGGCUCUUCUCACCGCCAUCUUGAAAAGUUUGUAUCUGACAUUGUCGGCUAAAGGAUGACGAAUAAAGAUCAUGCAAACGUGGUGUUUGAAAUUGCAUGAACAUGUAUGCAUUGUUCUAUCUAUUAUAGUGUUUGUCCUAAAAAACAAUGUUCAUUUUCCCGAUGUCAAAGGUUUUGUACCGAAAGGGGGAGAUGAACAUUUAUGAAAGAUGAAAUAUAUGAAAUAAAACUAUAACACAGGACAAAAGUAAUGAAAUUUGAA